UAGACCUGUAGUACUAUUCUAGCGAAAAAUCGAGUAACAGAAAAUCCAGAAGGCGACGUUAGCAAUAGGCAAAGAAAUCGAAGAAGGAGAAGAAGAAAUGGUGGAGCUGUGAGAGAGUAUAGAAAUCGAUAUUAGAGAGGAUAGGAGAAAUUUGAAGAAGGAGAAGAAGAAGAUGGCGAACCAGUUGGAGAAUCUGGUGGAGAGCAUUAAGUCCAAGGUUCGGUCGUUGAAGAAAUCGAAGAAGAAGCCAUACGUCAAAAUGGACAAGAGCGCCAGCGUGAAGGUGGAGAUCCGAAGCCGGAAGGCUCGAAAGCUCAUCGAUAAGACGUUGAAGGCCGCCGAUCAUCCGGGAAAGAGCACCAUCGCCUAAUCAUGGCUUUUCAAUUUCUGAUUCAUCAUUUAUCGUCAAUCCCAAUGCGCGUCCCAAUUCUGUGAAGACAGGUUCUCGUUUCUAUACACUAUAGUUAAUCAAAAGCCGUUUCUGUAUUUUGAAGUGAAAUUGCGCUAAUAUAAUAUUACUAUAACGUCUUGUUCUUCUCCA